AUGAAGCUCUCCCUGGCUCUACUUCCAGUUAUAUACUCGCUCGCUUCUGCACAGCUUCUCUACCCGCUUGACUCCAACGAAGGCGGCCCACAAAAAAAAAUGCCUUCACUCAACACCGACCAGACUCCUCUCCAGUCCCAUGAAAUUCUGUAUAGCAGCGACAAACCCACGGGCUCUCUGCUUCUCUCUGAUAAGCUCUCCCAAGAUAGGAGCAUAGAUAUUUUUGCGGAGUUGACCAGAAAAUUUGAGUCUAUCUCAACUCGACUUUCUAAUACUGAUGAAAACACGACUGUAUUGGCGCCGUCUAAUGUUGCCGUUUCGAAACUACCAAGGAAACCGUGGGAGGAUCCAAAUGAUGAAGGGGCGGGUGGGAAUGUUCUCAGCAACAUAUAUAAGGGACUUGUGGGAGAGGAUCGUGCUAGCAGAAAUGAGAGGAAUUUUGUCGAGGCGCACUUAAUCGGCGUUUCGCCAUGGCUAAAGGGGGAGAAGAUAAAGACCUUUCAGGGGAAGGAGAUCUGGUGGGACAUGGAUGGGAAGGACAGGAUUAUUUAUCCCGACGGAAUCAAGCUUGCCGCACACCGCGAUAUUAAAACCGUCCCCAACGGAGAGAUCUGGAUUCUUGACGGUGUCAUCAACUACUGA